AUGGCUGACAGUCCUGUGUUUGAAAAGGUAGAUACUAUUCGGAAAAUGAAGACAGUGCCACUGGCACCAGUGCAGUAUACUGCGCCAACAAUUGCUGGUCAGCUAAUUAUUUACGAUUUAGACGAGGAACCACCAAUUUCUGGUCAGUUACGACGAGAUAACGCAAUUUUGUAUACACGGCAGGUUGGCAUUAGCAAAUGUCAGGGAGUUAAACCCACCAUCAAGCUUGCUCAGAGCAGUUCUUUGAAGGAAUGGCAGCAGGUAGGCGCUGUUGGACUGUAUCGUGUAUUUUAG